UUGAUUUAAAACUUUUUAAAAUAAUAAAAUGGCAGCUGUAAAAAAGGUCAACGAAGUGCCGCUCCGACGCAGUCAGCGAUUGCGAAAGAUGCGUGAGACAAAGAAGGCAGUGGCUGCUGCUCCUAGGGGAGUAUUAAAGAGGGGUCCCCCUCUGCGUCUUAUACGCGGACGUGCCAGGACUCAAAGGCUAUUGGAACAAGGAAGUGACAGAAGCACCACCAGGAUGAGACGCGCAGUGGUCAAUCCAAAUAGAGGUCUAUAUACUGCUCCAUAUAUCAGUCCAGUCGUCAGCAACAACACUAAUAACAACGAUGAGGAUGAGGAUGAAGAUGACGAGCAGACAAUGCAUUUAACCGCGUUCCUCAUGUACGUUGCACUGAUCGAGUCUCCCUCCCUGGCCCAGCUGAUGCGUCGCAAUCCUUCGGAGGGUAUAAGGAAGCUUUUCAGAAUAAUUCGUUUUUUGUUCUCUAGAAACUAGUUAUAUUGUUUGAGUAAAAUGAACGGACUGACUGAACUCAUAA